AUGCUUCCUCGCUGGGCAAAGCAUCCCUUUGGCGCUUCCCCUAGAGCCGCGCCGAGGCUGCGGGAGCAGGAGAGACCUGCCGAGCCCAGGGACUACAGGCUGACUCCGUUGCUCGUGGAUCCCGAGAGGACGAGCACCCACAUGAUCUCGGCGGACGAUGCCGAGUACCCGCGGGAAUACCGGACCUUGGGCAACGGCACCCGGCGCUUCUCCAACGUAGGGCUGGUGCACACCUCGGAGCGCCGGCACACCGUCAUCGCCGCCCAGAGCCUGGAGGCCCUCACUGGCCUCCAGAAAUCGGAGAUGGAGCGCAAGCGGGACGCCUUCAUGGACCACCUGAAGAACAAGUACCCGCAGCAUGCGCUGGCGCUCCGGGGGCAGCAGGAACGCAUGCGGGACCAGCAACCCAACUACUGGAGCUUUAAGACGAGGAGCUCCCGGCACUCCCAGGGCUCCCAGCCCGGCUUGGCCGAUCAAGCCAAACUCUCCUUUGCCUCGGCCGAAUCCCUGGAAACCAUGUCGGAAGCGGAGCUGCCCCUGGGGUUCAACAGGAUGAACCGGUUCCGGCAGAGCUUGCCCUUGUCCCGGUCCACCAGCCAGACGAAGCUGCGAUCGCCAGGGGUCCUUUUCCUGCAGUUUGGGGAUGAGACGAGGCGCGUCCACAUCACCCACGAGAUCAGCAGCAUGGACACCCUGCAUGCCCUCAUUGUCCACAUGUUCCCCCAGAAGCUCACCAUGGGGAUGCUGAAGUCUCCCAACACUGCCAUCCUCAUCAAGGACGAGUCGCGCAAUGUCUUCUACGAGCUGGAGGAUGUCCGCGAUAUCCAGGACAGAAGUAUCAUUAAAAUCUACCGAAAAGAGCCGCUCUAUGCUUCGUUCCCAGCCUCGCACAUCACCAACGGCGACCUGAGGAGGGAGAUGGUGUACACCUCCAGAGAGUCAUCUCCCACCCGCCGGCUGAACAACAUGUCCCCGGCUUCCCACCUCACCUCCGGCUCCCCUCCGCCGGUGCUCCAGUCCUCCUCCCCGUCCCGCUCCCGCAUGUCCUACAGCGGGGGCCGCCCGCCCUCCUACGCCGGCAGCCCCGUCCAUCACAGCGAGCGUCUCUCCAACCUGCCGCCUGCCCAGGGCGUCUCGCCCAGCCCCAGCGCCAUCCUGGAGCGCCGGGACGUGAAGCCUGACGAGGACCUGGCCGGGAAGAACGUGGUGCUGGUGAAGAAUGAGGGGCUGUAUGCCGAUCCCUACGGCAUGGUGCACGAGGGCCGGCUCAGCAUCACCUCCACCCAGUCCCUGGCUGGCAUGGGAGACCCUUUUGGCUACUCGGGGGGGCUGUACAAGCGGGGCUCCGUUCGCUCCCUCAGCACCUACUCGGCGGCCGCCUUGCAGACGGAGCUGGAGGACAGCCUGUACAAGCCCAACGCACCCAUUUACAGCGACACGUACGGACCCGGCUUGGGUUUCCGCAUGCCCCCCUCCUCCCCGCAGAAGAUGGCUGAUGGCCGGCUGGUGGAUGUGCAGCCGGGACAGAGCCCACACAGCCCCUACUCGGGACCCCCCAGCCGCUCCUCGCCCGUCCGUCAGUCCUUCCGCAAGGACUCCUGCUCCUCCGUCUUCAUGGAGAGCCCCGUCAACAAGCCACGCAACCCCAGCUCCUCCGGCCCUCCGGAGCUGUUUCCCGGCCCCGGCGAUCGCCCGCUCUCAGGGUUUGGCUCCCCUGGACCGGCCAAGGACACAGAAACAAGGGAGCGGAUGGAGGCGAUGGAGAAGCAGAUCGCCAGCCUGACGGGACUGGUGCAGAGCGCGCUGCUCCGCGGCUCCGAGGCCGAGACCCCCAGCGAGAAGACAGAAGCCACCAAUGGUGGGACCCCCCCAUCAGCGUCCACCAGCCGCAGCGGCAUGGGGACGCCGGUGCCCGCGCCCCCGCCGCCCUCCGCCACCAGCACGCCGGCGGGGCAGCCCACUGCCAUCACCCGCUUGCACAUGCAGCUGCACCUCCACGACCUGCAGCAGAAUGCCAGCGACCUCCGCAAUCAGCUGCAGCAGCUCAAGAAGCUGCAGCUGCAAAACCAGGAGACGGUGAAGACGAUGCUGCGGCGGACAGAGACGGAGAUCAGCGUGUGGGUGACGGACACCAUGCGCAAGCACGAGGACCCCUUGCAGCGCCAGCGCAGCUUGGUGGAAGAGGAGCGGCUCCGCUACCUCAACGAGGAGGAGCUGAUCACCCAGCAGCUCAAUGACCUGGAGAAGUCAGUGGAGAAGAUCCAGAAGGAUUUGGCCCACAACCACCGGCUCAUCCCUGUGCAGGAGCUGGAGGAGAAGGCGGUGGUGCUGAAGCAGCUGGGGGAGACGCUGACAGACCUCAAGGCCCAGUUCCCCAGCCUGCAGAGCAAGAUGCGGGUGGUGCUGCGGGUGGAGGUGGAAGCCGUCAAGUUCCUCAAGGAGGAGCCCAACCGACUCGAUGGUCUGCUCAAGCGCUGCAAGACGGUAACGGACACCCUCGCCCAGAUCCGCAGGCAAGUGGACGAGGGCGUGUGGACCUCCCCCAGCAACCUCAGCCAGUCCCCCAAGAAGGUGGUCCCUGAGACAGACUUCGGCAAAGGGCUGGAUUUGGAGAUGCCCACCAGCCCCCCAGUGAGCCUCCACCACCUGACGGCUGUCACCGAGACCCUGGGCAUGCCCAGCUUCGGGCACAGCUCCCCCCAAACCCAGACCCACCCCUCCAAGAGCAAUAACCCUUCCCGAGCUCCAGAGAUGGUACCUGCCAAGACCCAGACGGGCCCAGAGACCCCCAGCAAGAAGAGUGCGGACAAAGCCGUAUCUGUGGAGGCUGCCGAGCGGGACUGGGAGGAGAAGCGGGCAGCGCUGACCCAGUACAGUGCCAAGGACAUCAACCGCCUCCUGGAGGAGACGCAAGCCGAGCUGAUGAAGGCCAUCCCCGACCUGGAGUUCGCUGCCAAGCACAAGCAAGGCACAGGCAGCGGCAGCGCCGCCUCCACGCCCGAGCACAAGCCCUCCAAGCCACAGCAUGCACCGAAGUCGGGGGGCAAGGGGGACCCCAAUGGCCGCAGGGGCUCAGACGAACUGACGGUGCCGCGGUAUCGGACCGAGAAACCCUCCAAAUCGCCGCCACCUCCUCCUCCGCGCCGGAGUUUCCCCUCGUCCCACGGGCUGACCACAACCCGCAGCGGCGAAGUCAUCAUCACCAGCAAGAAGGAGCCCGGUUUUAUGAAGAAGGCCGAGUCGGAGGAGCUGGAGACCCAGAAGCCCCAGGUGAAGCUGAGACGGACGGUGUCGGAGGUGGUCAGGCCGGCGUCCACCCCUCCUAUCAUCGCCUCUGCCAUCAAAGACGACGACGACGAGGACCGCAUCAUCGCGGAGCUGGAGGUGUUUCAGAGAAGCUCUGCCUCCCCUUUCCUUCCCAAGCUCCGUUACGAUCCGCUCGCGGCUGCCGUCUGCCCCAGGCACGCAGACAUGUGGCCCAACGGAGCCUCCGUUGCAGCCGAAGGAUGGAAGGAGCCGUUGGCCCUGGCAGCCCCGGGGAGCAGGGCUUUCUCCCUCCCGCAGAUUGUGCUCACCGAGUGGGUGUCUGAACCGCCGUCCCCUGAAGCCGAACCAGAGGUGUGGGCGGAAACGGGCUGCUCGGAGCACGGGGACCCAGCCGGCGGUGGAGGAGCCGGAGGGGAGCUUGCACCCAAGGGGGGAAGGAAAUGCCGUGUGUCUCCUGGCAUCUCCAAAAAGUCUCUGUCCACACCUGGGUACCCUCCAGCCUCAGCCCCGCAGCCCCCGAGCAGCCCAUCUCGGGGCCGUGCCCAUGCAGCAGCAGAGACUUGGAGGUUCCCUCUAGCAGCCAGCAAGGUCCCGUCUCUCUCAAAGCAUAAAACGAGCUGUCCCGCGGGGGGAGAAGGAGGGGACGCUGCUCUGAACACUGCCGGCAGGCAAGAAGGCAGCAGCAAGACUUCUCACCGAGGUCUCUUGGCUGCACAGCCUCCUCAUCCCCGGGGGGAAGCCACGGGUCCCGGCGCUGGAGAGGCAGCGCUCCCCUCCACCGGUGCAGGCAGCAGAGGGCCCAUCACCGUCCCCCAGCUUCCCGGUGAUGGGGACCCCCAAGGAGGAGCCAGGCAGAGUGUGCGGGAGGCAUCGCUCCCUCCUGGAGACUCUGCUGGGGCUUGCAGACAAGUGCAGAGGGAGGACAACUCGCCAGCCCCAGCCUGCCCAGUGCCAAAUCCUGGAGCUUUCCUGGGCAGGGAUCCAGCCCCACGGGGAAGCGGACGGUCCCAGGCUGAGCGUCCCCAGGAGCAGGUCGUUGCUUUCUCAAGGCCGAGCCGUUGCGCAGCAUCGCCGGGCUGGGGUGGUGUGGCUCCGGCUGCUGGGGGCGAAGGCAGCACGGAGGAUGCUGGGGCAGGGGAGAAGGUGCCGGAGGGGCUCUGCAAAGGGCAGUUGUCCCCUUGCCGCUCCAUGACUCCACGCAGCAAAGAGAUUUAUGAAGGCACAUACCAGAGACUGGAUAGCCUGGAAGAAACUAUCCGUGAGCUGGAAAUAACCAUCAGUGAGAUCAGCAGCCAUCCCUCGGUUGAAUUUGUAUUCUCUAAAGAUCUGCUAGGACAAGCAGGAUCUAAGGAUGCCAGCGAGGAGACCAAGGAAGGUCUGGGGGAUCUCAAACACAGUAGCUGUGACAAUGGGACUGCCCUGGACCUCAGUCAGGCCAAAGGUGAUGCUCCUGAGAGUCCAGCUCCAAGCAAGACCAAGCCACCUCUGCUACCCAAGCCGCAGCUCCCCCUCGGCACUCCGCAGAGCGGUGGUGUUUCCAUCCCAGCCAUGAAGGUGGUGAACCCGGCGUCCCGGCUGAAGCAGAGCCAGCAGGGCAGCCCUGACAAAAGCAAGCACAUAAAGCAGCGGAUGGAGUACAUGCGGAUCCAGGGCCAGCAGCAGGCCGCUAGACCAUCUAAAGAGGCUAGUGAGACUUCCCCCGCGGUCUCAGAAAAACCCGCAUCUGGCAGAACAUCCAUCCCCGUAUUGACUUCCUUUGGGGCAAGGAACUCCUCCAUCUCAUUCUGA